AACACAUAGCUAGUUCCGUUCAAAAGUGUCUGGGGUUUCGUGGUGAGAACAUCUCCAACUUUGCUUUAGACGAAAUGGAUUUUGUAGUUCUUGUUGGCAUCAUUAUGUUGAUGCAUACUUAUUUUGCUUGUGCCCUAGUUGAUCCCACCACUGGAGCAAAUGUCACCUGCACGAAUGAUCAAUUCAAGUGCAAUACUGGCAAAUGCAUACCAAAACAUUGGCAAUGUGAUAAUGAUAAAGACUGUAAUGAUGGUAGCGAUGAAGAUGAAUUGUUAUGCCAAAAAAAAGUCUGUAAUUUAGAUGAAUUUACCUGCAAAUCUGCUCCUGGAGAGUGUGUCCCUCUUACCUGGAUGUGCGAUGAUAAUUCUGAUUGCUCAGAUGGUAGUGAUGAAAAAUCGUGUAAUGAAACUUGCCGAUCGGAUGAAUUUACAUGUAAGAACGGGAAAUGCAUACAAAAACGAUGGGUUUGCGACGUGGAUAAUGACUGCGGGGACAAUUCCGAUGAGGAAAAUUGUCCGGAUGUUAGUUGUGCUACCGAAUUUCAAUGUUCCGAAAAGUUUUGUAUUGCUGCCAAAUGGAAAUGCGAUGGAGAAUAUGAUUGUAUUGAUGGAAAAGAUGAACAGGGUUGUCCGAAACCGAAGACUAAAAUUUCAUUCUGCCUUCCGGAGGAGUUUGAAUGUGGUGACAUGCUCACUUGUAUCCAUAAAAGCUGGCUUUGCGAUGGAAGUAAAGACUGCGCAGACGGUUCCGAUGAAGCACCACAUUUCUGCCAGAAUGUCACUUGCCGAGUUGAUCAAUUUCAGUGCAAAGAUCAUUUAUGCAUACCUGGACAUUUUCAUUGUGAUGGUCAUCAAGAAUGUCCAGAUGGUAGCGAUGAAGAAAAUUGUGAUGCACCAGCACCUAAAUGUGAUCCGAAAACUCAAUUCGACUGUGGAGGUGGACAAUGCAUCCCAUUUUCUCAAGUUUGCGACAGUCGUCAAGAUUGUCCCAAUUGGGAGGAUGAACCAAAGGACAAAUGUGGAAUAAAUGAAUGCUACACCAAUAAUGGAGGUUGCACUCAGAAAUGCAUCGACACACCUGGAUCUUUUUAUUGUGACUGUGACCACGGAUAUAAGCUAAUUGAUAAUAGAACUUGUAAAGAUAUAGACGAAUGUGAAAUUCCUGGCAGCUGCUCUCAGCUAUGUAUAAAUGAAAAAGGAGGAUUCAAAUGCGAAUGCGAAACUGGUUAUAUGAGAGACCCAAGAGAUCUAACUAAAUGCAAAUCCAUCGAAGGCCAUGCUUCACUGUUGUUUGCUCGUCGUAGGGAUGUUCGAAAAAUAUCCCUUGACCAUCACGAAAUGACCAGCAUCGUCAAUGAAACUAAUUCAGCAACGGCGUUAGACUUUGUGUUCCGGACAGGAAUGAUAUUUUGGAGUGAUGUAACAGAUAAGAAAAUAUACAAAGCUCCCAUUGAUGAGGGUAACGAGAGAACAACAGUCAUUUCAAAUGAUAUCACCACAUCAGAUGGGUUAGCUGUUGACUGGAUUUAUAACCAUAUUUAUUGGACGGAUACAGGCAAAAACACCAUAGAACUUGCUAAUUUUGAUGGGAAGAUGCGGAAAGUGUUGAUUAAGGAUGCACUUGAGGAGCCCAGAGCUAUUGCUUUGAAUCCAAUGGAAGGUUGGAUGUUCUGGACAGACUGGGGUAGCGAACCUAAAAUUGAAAGGUCAGGCAUGGACGGUUCUCAUCGGCAAACUAUCGUUAACUAUGAUGUUAAGUGGCCUAACGGUCUUACUCUGGAUCUAGUUAAGAAACAGAUAUACUGGGUUGAUGCUAAGUUGAACACCAUCUCUUCGUGUGAAUACAAUGGACGAAAUCGAAGAGUUAUACUCUUCUCGCCUGAUAAAUUGAGACAUCCGUUUUCUAUUACAACUUUUGAAGACUGGGUAUACUGGACGGAUUGGGAUAAAGCAGCUGUGUACAGAGCGAAUAAAUUCACUGGUCAGGAUGUCAAAGCCAUUACAGCUACUGAAAUGAUUCAAAAUCCUAUGGUUAUUCACGUGUAUCAUCCUUACCGACAGCCGGAUGGCGAGAAUCACUGCCAAGCAGUGAAUGGCCACUGCUCUCAUCUGUGCCUACCUGCACCACAGAUCAAUAAAAUGUCGCCAAAGAUUUCUUGUUCCUGUCCCGAGACACUCAGGAUGUUGGACGAUGGUCUGACCUGCGUGCAAGAUGAAAUUUCUACAACUACCCCCUAUUCCAUGACAUUUGCCAAAUUCACCACAGAGUUGAUACCAGAGAGCACCACAAAUAAAUCGCAUCCCAAUGCUCCUGUCAGCGAACCAUCUGAUAAUGGUAUGAUAGCAGGAAUAACCAUAGCCAUUGGUAUAACUGCCGUGACAAUAGUUGGAGGGGUUGUCUACUUGUUGUACAGACACCUAAGCAAUCGUAACAGGACUUCUAUGAACUUCGACAAUCCGAUUUACUGCAAAACGACAGAGGAUCAGUUCACACUGCAGAAGAAUGAAUUGCAGAAGCAGAGACCAUAUCCUAGUAUUGUCGGAGAAGAGGCUCAAGAACCUUUAACAAAGAGCAAUCCUAAUGAUCCCGUUUAGAUGAUUUCAGUUCCAGUGAAGGGUACUCAAUAAGUAAAAAGGAGUUUAGCUCAAUUUUGAAAAUAUUCUUUCAAUUGUUCCAAAGAUCAACAUCAAGGUUACAUUCAAACCUCUAAUUUCAAACGAUAAGACUGACUGACACAAAAUGUGUCUUUUACUGUAAAUAUCCAUCUGGCAAUAACUGACUGAGAUUUUUCCCGAUGCCAAUGAAUUUUGAGGGUUAACAGUGGAAGAAUUAUCAAGUGGCUUUAUUUCGAAUAACGACCAGAUACAUUUUUUUUACUGAAAAACUUCUCAGAAACCUAGUUUCGGUUGCUCAGAGUUCCACCUUAGUGGAGCUGUUGACAAAAAUGUCGUUUUAAAAAA